UUUUAACACCUGUUCCGGCUCCUCUUCGAGGAAAACCGAAAACCCUUUCUUCCUCCUCUGGCCUCUUCUUUCUCUCUCUUCAAAUCGAUAAGCUUCCGCUGAUUUCUUUCUCUUCUUGCUUUACCGUAUUUGCUUUUACAGAAAUUUUUGAACAAAAAAAUGUCUAGCGCUUUGGAUAUGUCCCUUGACGAUAUCAUCAAGAGCAAUAAAAAGUCUGGAUCCGGCAACGCCCGAGGGCGGGGCCGAGCUUCCGGACCUGGACCUGCUCGCCGAUUCACCAACCGCAUCGCUAAUCGGGCUGCUCCGUAUACCACCACCGCUAAGGCUCCUGAAAUGACGUGGCAGCACGACAUGUUUACGGAUCAGGGUAUUGGGUACCCAGGGCAGGCAGGUCGGGCCUCGGCCAUAGAGACUGGAACGAAGCUUUACAUUUCUAAUUUACAUUUUGGCGUUUCAAACGAGGAUAUUAAGGAGUUGUUUUCUGAAGUUGGCGAUUUGAAGCGGUGCUCAAUCCAUUAUGAUAGGAGCGGGAGAUCGAAGGGAACGGCAGAUGUAGUCUUCUCCCGGCGAGCAGAUGCCUCAGCUGCUGUCAAGAGAUACAACAAUGUUCAGCUUGAUGGGAAACCAAUGAAGAUAGAGAUUGUGGGAACAAAUAUUGCUACUCCUGGUGUACCUCCAGCUACUAAUGGCACAUUUGGAAAUUCAAAUGGAGCUCCUAGAGGGGGACAAGGAAGAGGUGGUGCGAUGGGGCGGGCACGUGGUGGCAGUGGCCGUGGAUUUGGAAGGGGUCGUGGACGUGGAAGGGGCCAUGCUGAAAAGGUAUCUGCAGAAGAUCUUGAUGCUGAUCUGGAGAAGUAUCACUCAGAAGCAAUGGAGACAAAUUGAGUGCAUUCCUUUUGUUUUGUUGGUUGGUCUUACACGUUUCUUUUGUGGCCUUUUAUGUGCUUGAUGAUGCAACAACCCUGACUAUCUUCUGUAACUUUAUCAAGUCUUUAGGAAUUACAGAAAAACUCAAAGAGAGACUGUUAGAAUCUUUAUUAUGGAGUUUGGGCUUUUAUUAUCAAUUGCUCCUUGACUUGGGUAUUAAA